UGCUGGUGUUCCAAACCACUGUACCACUCCACUUCUACUGUAAUUACCCUCGUCUUUCUUUGCACCUUCUCUGUUGAUCUUACUCUGAGACUUCAACCCUUUUACUGUUCUACUUCCAUUCCACUAAAGUUUUGGUUUUUCUAGCCUCUCUUUUCUUCUUUGUUGGUUGGGUUUUCUUACUCUUUCACUGGUAAUGGAUAACCAAGAUCAGAGAAGAAUUGAAACUGCAGGGCACGACAGUCAUGCGGUCCAUUUGUGUCACAAAUGUGGAUGGCCAUUUCCAAAUCCACAUCCAAGUGCCAAACACAGGCGUGCUCACAAGAAGAUCUGUGGAACCAUUGAAGGUUACAAACUGUCCGUCUCCGAGGGACAGCACAAUUUGAAUGGCUCAGAUGAUGAACAUGUUUCUGAUGAUGAUCACAAAACACCAGGUUUGGUUUUGUCAGUCUCAAAUUCCUUGGAGACAGGCAACAAUGAGAAGGGUAGUGCAGGAAACGGAGAGAAGUUUAUUAGAUCGGAAGAUGAGGUGUUUUCAGAUGCAGUUGCAGACUUUUCGGACAGUGGAUCAAAUCCAGAUAUUAAGGAACGGUUGCAAGAUAGUUUGGACGCAGGAGCUGAUAUGGAAAUGGUAGACAUUAAAGGACCCAAAUUUUCAGGAAUUUCUAAAGACAAAGAUUUGAAUGCUGCAGAUAUGAGUCCGUUAAUUGACAAGUCAACUAAUGACAGCCAAACUCAAAAUCCUAAUAUUCUACAAAAUGAAAGUUUUGGAGUGGGAAACACAGUGGGGUUGCAAGGUCAAUUGUCAGGCCCUAUCGUGGACCCAUUAUCAGGUUCCACUGCAGACCUGAGGACUGAAGAAUCUGCUACUGUGGACAGUGAAGUUUUUCUUGGUUUUUCCAGUGAUUCACCUCCCGGCAAAGCUGAAGCCAUGCCUGACAUAUUGUCAGUAAAGAAUAUCUAUGCUGUUGAGAAUGUGACAGAUUGCAGUUUGAUGUCUGCUACAAAGAAGACUAAUUUGGAAGGAAAGAAUGAGAUUAAUUCUGCUGGAGAUGUGGUUGAAAUUGAGGAAUCAUCUGCUUACAUUGUCGGUGAAACAUGUGAAGCAUUGUCUAAUAUGAUAGUCAGUGAUGUAGUUCGUGAGGAGCAUCAAGCGGGUGAUGGCGCUGUUCGUGUGGAGGAAAAGAAUGGUGCUGUGAGUAAUUACAACAGAGACACUGUUGAAAUUGUGGAACCAUCUGAUAGUGUUGGUAAAAUGAGUGAAGAAGUGUCUAAAAUAGUAGUUAGUGAUGAGGUUUCCGUGGAUCAUCAAGUAGGAGAUGAAGCUGUUAAUCUGGAGGAAAAGAAUGAAGCUGAGUCCGUUUCUUUGUUGUCCCCAGAUAGCCUUCCUCUAAAGUUAAACUCAACUGUAAUCACAGAUGAUUCUCAGGUAGAGUCUGCAUAUGUGGUGCAGUUUGCUACUUCCAAUGAUGACAAGAUUUUGCCCGCAAAUGGAGAAGGAAAUGCUAAUGUUGAUCUGCUUCCGACAUGCAAUGAUAAACCUGAUGAUGGAGCACAUUCUCAGAGUGCGUAUGAAGACUUUAAAGAUCACAAAGGUGUGGCAUACCAAAAUCCUUUCCUACACUCAUCUGAGUCAUUGAAAUAUGAGGGAGAUGACAUAAAUGACAGAGUUACGAAGGAAAAUAAAUUUCAUAACAUAAGCCAAUUGAGUGAAAAAAGUGAGGUCAUCUCUCUGAAUAUAGAUGUUAUAGGUAGUAGCAUGGGGAUGGAGAGUCUCAACAGUGAGCCUACAUCUAAAGAAAUGCAUGCUGAAGAUUAUACUGAUGUUUCUACAGUGAAGCUCACAGUUGAAAGUUAUCAAACACAGGAUGAAAUUGUUCCAUCUAUGAAUGCUAUGAAAACUAAGGAGAAUGAGAGUCAUAUGAUUCAUUUUUCUGAAGUGCAUGGAACUGAUGAUGCUGGUAAAAAUUAUGCACAGAAAAGCUUACCAGAAGGUAGUUUAAUGGGCCCGUCUAAUGAGAAUCAGAGGGAGGUAUCCUUUGGGUCUGCAAUCAGUGAAACAGUUAGUGUAAUUAACGUAAUAGAUAGUCCAAAUCAUCAUGUAGCUUCGGAUGGAAAGGUUAUACGAGCUACUGGAGAAGAUGCUAUUGAAAUUAUAUUGAAAGAUCUUCAACCUGAUGACAUCUUGCAAUCUGAAGACAAGCUAUCAGAGGACUUAUUUGAGCAUGAUGGUGCUGAUAAGAGCAAUGCUGCCAAUGAACUUGGAGAAAAUGUACAAGGUCAUGUGCUUCAUGCUCAAUAUAAGGAAAGCCCAAUUGUAGCUGAUACUUCAUUGCCUAAAUCUGCUACCAAUCAUUUUGAAAGUCCAAUUAUUUCCGAGUCUUCAGACAUGGUGCUUGAUAGGCCUGUGAACAAAUCAAGUGGUACAAAGUGCAGAGAUAUAAGCCCACUACUAGGUGCCCAGAGAGACACAAAAGAAGAUGAAAUCAAUGUUAAUAUCAAACUCAAUGAAGAAUAUAACAAAUCUGUUGAUACAUCUACCGAGUCUCAUCAUGCACAGGAUGCUGGACUAUUAGUGAAGGCUGCAGAAGACCUUGCCAGGAAGUAUACAUCUCCUUUAACUGCUGAACCUGAUUCCGAAGAUAAUCCUGAUGGAGAGCCUUGCAAGGAAGUGCCUGGAAUCAGUGUUGUGCCUGUUCAAGAUCAAACAAAUAAUUUGUUUAAACAUGGUUCAUCCAGAGUUGAUGCUUCUGUUGACUCAGGUAGCCGGUGUGACAGUUUGGAAGGCAACUGGGGCUCUGUUUCAGUUCUCUCAAUGCAAUCUGAUGCACCGGCAGUUAUUGAUGCUGAAACCUUGUCAUCAACUGGUUUGCUGGCAUUAACGGAAGCAGGAAAGCCAAACUUGAACAAUUCAAAAGCUGCACCUGAGAGACAGCAGUCUGAUCAAUCGGAAAUGUUUGAGCCACCAUCUUUCAUGACGUUGGUUGAACCUAUGCAGGUUAGCCCAAAAGCCACUGCUUCUGAAGUCCAGAGGGGACAGAAUCCACAGCAAUCAGAUUCCACUUCACAGGCUGGUUGGUUUCCCACUAUAAAUCAGGUUGUUGGUGAGUCUCAAGAGAGGAAGAGGAAUGAAGAAAUAAUAGCCAAGGUGACAAACUGGAGCACCAGUAAGGAGCACACACCUCUGAAGAGCCUCUUGGGUGAGGCUGCCCAUAGCAACAAGCCAAAAUCUCCAAAAUCAGUUGAAAACUCAGGGGCUGAGAAGACUAGUAAAGUUUCGGAAAAGAAUGGUUCUGGAUUGACCACUGUUAACUCCAUUCUGGGUCCUGAAUCCCCUGCAGCCCAAGUGGUAAAAGGAGAGGUUGCAAAAGAAUGGAACUCUCCAGCAAGAUAUCCUGCGGACAUCAAGAGAGAAAAAAGGAAGGUCAAGAGCAGACCAUACUGGAUACAACUAGUAUGCUGUACAUCAGUGGGUCCUCAGAGAAGGUAGAAAAUAACCAGGUGCUGAUAAUGCUCCCACACAGUUCUCCACUCUGAUAUUUGCCGUAUUUUUCUGUUUUUAGUUUGUCUUUAGGUGCAUGUCUUGAUCAUGUGUCUUUUGUAUAUGUUGACCUUCAGUUAUUAUUUUUAGCCCUGCAAUAUUUUCGUUGUAACUGUACUCUUAUUAUGAGGCGAAUCAUUAUUUUGGCCUUUGUCCGGAGACAUGUAUUCAGAUCAGAAAA